CUUGCGACGCAUCGAAGUAGGCCUCUGCUUCCGCAGUGGGCUUCUGUUCCAGCCCUAGUGGCGCUAUGAGUUCCUUCCUGGGACAGAUGGCCGAGUAUCCAACCAUCUCUAUAGACCGCUUCGACAGGGAGAACCUGAAAGCCCGCGCCUACUUCCUGUCCCACUGUCACAAAGAUCACAUGAAAGGAUUACGGGCCCCGACCUUGAAAAGAAGAUUGGAAUGCAGCUUGAAGGUUUUCCUGUACUGUUCUCCUGUUACUAAGGAGUUGUUGUUAACUAGCCCUAAAUACAGAUUUUGGGAAAAACGAAUCGUAGCAAUUGAAAUCGAAACUCCUACCCAGAUAUCUUUAGUUGAUGAAGCAUCGGGUGAGAAGGAAGAGAUUGUUGUGACUCUUUUACCAGCUGGUCACUGCCCAGGAUCAGUUAUGUUUUUAUUUCAGGGCAAAAAUGGAACUGUCUUAUACACAGGAGACUUCAGACUAGCAAAAGGAGAAGCUUCCAGAAUGGAGCUAUUACACUCUGGGGGCAGAGUAAAAGAUAUCCAAAGUGUGUAUUUGGAUACUACUUUCUGCGAUCCAAGGUUUUAUCAAAUUCCAAGUCGUGAGGAGUGUUUGAGUGGAAUUUUGGAGUUGGUUCGAGGGUGGAUCACUAGGAGUCCAUACCAUGUUGUGUGGCUGAACUGCAAAGCAGCUUAUGGUUAUGAGUAUUUAUUCACCAACCUUAGUGAGGAGCUAGGAGUCCAGGUUCACGUGGACAAGCUGGACAUGUUUAGAAACAUGCCUGACAUCCUUCAGCACCUCACAACAGAUCGUAGCACCCAGAUCCAUGCGUGCAGGCAUCCAAAGGCAGAAGAGUAUUUUCAAUGGAAUAAAUUACCCUGUGGGAUUGCUUCCAAAAAUAAAAUUCUACUUAACACAAUCAACAUUAAGCCAUCUACCAUGUGGUUUGGAGAGAGAUCCAGAAAAACAAAUGUGAUCGUGAGGACUGGAGAGAGUUCAUACAGAGCCUGUUUUUCUUUUCACUCCUCCUACAGUGAGACUUGCGUGUGCUCCUUAUUCAACAUCCACAUGUGUGUGAGCUGCUUUCGGACACACUAGCAUCCAAUGUUGUAGACUUCAUGGCGCUAGGUGUCCAUGAAGCUAGACAGGAGUAGCCAGAGGCAGGCUGCGUUCGACACCAAUGUUCACUACUGGAGCUGAUCUUGCUUUGUCUGGACUCAGUAAAUAAAGUGCUCUUUAGUACUUGCUUGAAUCACUGCAUUGAUGACUACAACCCAAGAUGUAAUGGGCCAAACAGUUUGGAGUCCUCAGGGGUGAUGACCACUGUGUGGUAUGUGACUCCACAAUACAACACUAGAACAAAUGAAGUGAUCUCCAAGAUAGAACUGU